UGGGCGCCGCCUCCGCACCUUCCCCGGCGCUUCCACUUUCCAGCUCUAGAGCCCCGCCCGGAGCGGAAUGCCGAGGAGCUAGGCGUUGGGAGUCGGCGUUCCGUCUGGCAGAAGCAUUGACACAGAAAGACCGACAGACGAGACGCUGCUUUGAUCCAGACAAGCAAGACAGACCUAAGGAGGAAAUCCCCAGCGUUGCCACUCCUCCCCUCCCGGUUGGCAAGAUGUCGGGGAAGGAGGGUGUGCAAAAGAAAUGGGCUGCCCUGAAGGAAAAGCUGGGGCCCCAGGAUGGGGACCCCACCGAGGCCAACCUGGAGAAUGCUGAGCCCGAGCUCUGCAUCCGCCUCCUGCAGAUGCCCUCUGUGGUCAACUACUCUGGAUUGCGCAAGCGGCUGGAGAGCAGUGAUGAUGGCUGGCUGGUGCAGUUCCUGGAGCAGAGCGGUCUCGAUCUGCUGCUGGAGGCCUUGGCCCGGCUGUCCGGCCGGGGGGUGGCGAGAAUCGCGGACGCCUUGCUGCAGCUCACGUGCAUCAGCUGUGUGCGGGCCAUCAUGAAUGCCCACCAGGGAAUAGAGUACAUCUUGAGUGACCAGGGCUAUGUGUGCAAGCUCUCAGAGGCUCUGGACACUUCUAAUGUGAUGGUCAAAAAGCAAGUGUUUGAACUGUUAGCUGCUCUUUCUAUCUACUCCCCCGAAGGUCACAAGCAAACUCUGGAUGCCCUGGACCACUAUAAGAUGGUCAAGAGUCAGCAGUACCGCUUCAGUGUAAUCAUGAAUGAGCUCUCCAACACAGACAACGUUCCCUACAUCAUCACGCUGUUGAGUGUCAUCAAUGCCAUCAUCUUGGGCACGGAGGAGCUCAGAGCCCGAACUCAGCUCCGGAAUGAGUUCAUCGGUCUCCAAUUGUUGGAUAUUUUAUCCAAACUAAGAGACAUUGAAGAUGCCGACCUCCUGAUCCAGUGCGACACUUUUGAGGAAGCCAAGUCUGAGGAUGAUGAAGAGCUGCUCAGAAUCUUCGAUGGGAUUGACAUGAGCAAUCAUCAGGAGGUCUUCUCCACGCUGUUUAAUAAGGUCAGCUGCUCCCCCAUCUCAGUCCAAUUACUCUCUGUCCUACAAGGUCUCCUGCACCUGGAACCCACUCAACAGUCGAGCCUACUGCUAUGGGAAGCUCUGGAAAUUCUGGUGAAUAGAGCUGUGCUUUUAGCCAGUGAUGUCCACGAGAGCAGCAUUGAAGAAAUAGUAGAGAGACUCUUAUCCAUGAAGAUGCGUCCUCAGCAGAGCCCCAAGAUCCAUAGCCUGGUCAAGACAGCCCACAAGUGUAUCCAAACCAGCCUGGACAUAGUGGAACCCUCCCCAAAGGGCAGCCCGAAGAAAAAUGCCUCUGGCCCAUCGGCAGCCAGUGACAGCACAGAGAUUGUUAAAGCCGUUUGCCUUCAGGCAGCCUCUGCCGCCUCUGAGCCCCUCGCCCCAGCCCCUGCUCCAGCCAACCUUCCCCCACCCCCUCCCCCUCCUCCUCUGCCUAGCUUUGCAUGGGCCCCACCUCCAGCUACUCCUAUGUUCAGUAAAGCCUGUGUCCCUCCUCCUCCUCCUCCUCCCCCUCCCCCUCCCCCUCUGCCUAGAUUGGGUGACAUCCCACCCCCUCCCCCUCUACCUAGUUUAAGUGGCAUCCCUCCCCCUCCCCCUCUGCCUAGUCUGGGUAGCAUUCCUCCCCCUCCCCCUCUGCCUGGCUUGAGUGGCAUCCCUCCCCCUCCCCCUCCCCCUCUGCCUGGCUUGAGUGGCAUCCCUCCCCCUCCCCCUCCAAUGAAUGGCAUUGAAGAAAUAGUGGUUGCUCAAGUGGACCAUGGUCUGGGUUUUGCAAGAGUUCCAAACCACAGGAAAGUGAACCCUCCUACUCUGAGGAUGAAAAAGCUGAACUGGCAGAAGCUUCCUUCCAAUGUGGUAAGAGACAGUCAUUCAAUGUGGGCAUCAGUAAGUCUGAGCAGCGAGGGCUUGGAGCCUGAUUAUACCAGCAUUGAACAGCUCUUCUGUUUCCCAACUACAAAGGCCAAGGAGAAGAUCACAGCCCCAGCCAAGAAGGAACCAAAAGAGAUUACAUUUCUAGAUGGCAAGAAAAGUCUCAAUCUGAACAUUUUUCUGAAGCAAUUCAAAUGCUCCAAUGAGGAGAUCACAGACAUGAUCCGAAGAGGGGAUAGGACAAGGUUUGAUGUGGAAGUUCUGAAGCAGCUUCUCAAACUGCUCCCCGAGAAGCAUGAAAUAGAAAAUCUGAAAUCAUUCCAAGAAGAGAAAGCCAAGUUAGCCAGUGCUGACCAGUUCUAUCUCCUCCUCCUCGAUGUUCCCAGCUACCAGCUGCGAAUUGAGUGCAUGCUUCUCUAUGAAGAGACAGUCAUCAUGCUGGACAUGAUCCGACCCAAAGCUGAGGUCAUCCGUAAGGCCUGUGAGAGUCUCCUCACCAGUCAGCGUUUGCCAGUUUUCUGCCAGCUGAUUCUCAAAAUUGGAAAUUUCCUCAACUAUGGGAGUCAUACAGGAGAUGCUGAUGGUUUUAAGAUUAGUACCCUACUCAAACUCACAGAAACUAAGGCCAACCAGAGCCGUGUGACCCUACUGCAUCACAUCCUGGAGGAAGUGGAGAAAAAUUACCCUGAUCUCCUUCAGCUCCCCAGUGACCUAGAGCACAUCUCCCAGGCAGCAGGGAUCAAUAUUGACAUCAUCCACUCGGAAGCCAGUACCAACCUGAAGCAAUUGCUGGAGAUGGAACGGAAGGUAUCUUCAGGAAUUCCUGAAGUUCAGGAGCAGUAUGAAAAGCCCCUCCAGGAUAGCAUCUCAGCCUCCAGGGAGUUAGAGGAGGAGUUUAAGGUCAUUGAGAGGAAGAAAGUGGAGCUGGCUGAUUAUCUCUGUGAGGAUGCCCACAAGCUCUCCCUGGAGGACACCUUCAGCACCAUGAAGACAUUUCGAGAACUUUUCAUCCGAGCCUUGAAGGAGAACAAAGACUGGAAGGAGCAGGCUGUGAAGGCAGAGAAAAGGAAGAAGCAGCUGGAGGCUGAAGAAGCCAAAAGGCCCCGUGGGGAAGAUGGAAAGAUCAUUCGGAAGGGAACCGUGAAACAGGAGGAAGUGUGUGUCAUUGAUGCCCUCCUGGCUGAUAUCAGGAAAGGUUUCCAGCUGAGGAAGACUGCCAAGGGCAAAGGGGAUUCAGAGAAUGGCCUAAAAGGGGUAUCGACUGAAACCUGCAAGGAAAAAGAGGCUGCAGCCAUAAAGGAAGCGGGCAGCGGCCCCAAGCCGGGGCAAGGCUUUGACCUUGCUGCUGCCACCGUAGAAGAGACCUGGCACCAGGACAGUCCAGGUGGCCCUGGAUCUGUCAGGGUCACCAAAGGAGUCAGUGGCCAUAGCCGCCCAAGCUCAGAGGGCAACAGAGCUUCCACCCCCGAGCCCAGCUUUUCUGAGGACCCUCAUCUGGUGCGGCUUGAUGACUCCACGUCUCUGAAUCCCCCCAAGUUUUCCAGUGGCCCUCCCCCUUGGGGCACAGAUGUGGGCAGCGAGGUUGAUGCCGUCGGGGCAGAGGAUCAAAGCGCAGACCACCGGGCUGGCAGAACGGCCCAGGGACCCAAGGAUGGCUGUCAGAGGUCAGAGGACGCAGAGCCAACUCCUCCCGAGCUGGAGGAAGAGGAGGAGGAGGACACAGCACCAGACUCCGUGCUAGACACGUCUCUGGACAGGUCUUUCUCUGAAGGGGCCAUCACAGAUUCCUCAGGUUCUGGGACUCUCCCUCGAUCCCAGGAGCGGACCAAGAAAGGAUCUGGGAAGCGCAGGAAGAAGCGGCAUCCCAGGAGCCACGAAGCAGAGGUUGAGUCUGAUUCUGGAGAUGAUAAAACAAAAUGGCAUUGUGUGGUCCAGUGAGGUAUCAGGCCCAAGACUAUAGCCAAAUAAGGAAGGUUGGGGACAAAGGCUGAUUCAUCAUGCACUCUACUGCAAUGGCAUCCUGGGACUGAGGACACUUUUACCACAAAGGGAGAGGGGUGGGAGAGCACAGGGAGAAUUUCAGGGACAGAUACUCCUAUUCCUUCGGAGUUCUGGACUGGGAACUAGAGCCCCUAGAACUCAGUGCCUUACGUCAAUGGGACCCUGCAGUGGCAUCUGCUGAGCUUGCUGAACAGUGACAUCCAGGCUUGGGAUAGAAGGCAGUGGACAGAACUUGUUUUGCAUCCACAGGAUGACUCCUGGCAACUUCUUUCCCAUUUGGAAUGCAGCAAGAGAGGAAAGCUCUAGCCUCCACCUUGUUUGGCCCAGUCUCAGACCUACUGCUCAGUUAAACUAGCAAGCCCAGCCACACCCCCAGACCAAAGCCUCAUCCUUCCCCAUCCCUUCCCUAUAGCUCUUUUUUUUCUUAAAGUACCCCUGGGGGCAAAGGCUUUGGGGAUUGAUGGGAAGAGCGUUGUUGAUAUUUGGUGGUGAUGAGCUUCCAGUGAAUUUCCCAGUGCAUCAGCAAUGGGGCAGUUAAAAAAUUUAUCAGUUUCUGUUCUUCCUGGUUUACUAUCCUAGCUUUUACCCCCCGGCAUGUAUCACUUUGUAAAUAAUCAUUCCUUUGGAAUAAAAAUAACACAACUCCCUUGUUUAUAGUGCA